AGGGACCUGUCACCGAGGUCCAACAUCUUCUUUGUGCGUUCGAGCUCUGAGUUUACCAUCGUAGCCACUGAUCCGAUUGGCCCCGGCCAUGUUUCCUAUUGGCCUGUGACGCUGUCUGCUCUCAUCGAGUACCGUCUUCGACUUUCAUCACAAGCCUCUCCAGUCCUCUAUCACAUCACCGCCAAGCUGGCAGAAAGACUCAAGAGUAUCUUGGGCCACGUCAAGGAGGUUCUUCCAACCAUGUCUUCCCAAUCUCUCGAUGCUGAAGAGCAGCAAUUCCAGGAUGAGGUUGCUGCCAUCAAGCAAUGGUGGACAUCACCUCGUUGGAGAUACACCAAGCGUCCGUUUACUGCCGAGCAGAUUGCAAACAAGCGUGGAAACUUGACGAUUCAACAUCCUGGCAAUGUCCUCUCAAAGAAGCUGUGGGACAUUGUCGAGAAGAGAUUUGCNCGUAAGUCAGGUUUGACUGCUCUCGAAGAACUCAACUCUGAUGCAACGCAACAGGCGAAAGAUGCUAGCUUCACCUACGGCUGCCUCGACCCCGUCAUGGUCACUCAAAUGGCGAAGUACCUCGACACAGUCUAUGUAUCAGGCUGGCAAAGUUCUUCAACAGCAUCUUCAACCGACGAACCCGGCCCAGAUCUUGCAGACUACCCCUACACGACCGUCCCAGACAAGGUCCAACACCUCUUCAUGGCUCAGCUGUUCCACGAUCGCAAGCAGCGCCACGAAAGGCUCUCAACCCCCGCUUCCGAACGCAAGAACCUUGCCAAUACCGAUUUCCUACGUCCAAUCGUUGCCGACGCCGAUACUGGUCACGGUGGUCUAACAGCAAUCAUGAAGCUCACAAAACUGUUUGUUGAGAAAGGUGCCGCCGGCAUCCACAUUGAAGACCAAGCCCCCGGCACAAAGAAGUGCGGACACAUGGCCGGCAAAGUGCUCGUCCCCAUCAGCGAGCACAUCAACCGUCUCGUCGCCAUUCGCGCCCAAGCAGAUAUCAUGGGUAGCGAUCUCCUCGCCGUCGCCCGUACAGACUCUGAAGCCGCCACCCUCAUCACCUCCACCAUCGACCCCCGCGACCACGCCUUCAUCGUCGGCGCCACAAACCCUGCCCUCCAACCCCUCAGCGAACUCAUGGGCGCCGCCGAAGCAGCAGGCAAAACUGGCGACGAGCUCCAAGCCAUCGAAGACGCCUGGACCGAGCAAGCACACCUCAAACUCUUCUCCGAAGCCGUCGUCGACACCAUCAACGCCGGUGUCCAUGUCAACAAGGCCGAGUUGAUCGCUCAAUACACCGAACAGGCCAAAGGCAAGUCCAACGCAGAGUCGCGCGCCAUCGCCAAAGCCCUCACCGGCGUCGACGUCCACUUUGACUGGGAGUCUGCCCGCACACGCGAAGGCUACUACCGCUACCGUGGCGGCUGCCAAUGCGCUGUCAACCGCGCCAUUGCCUACGCACCCUACUGCGAUAUGAUCUGGAUGGAGUCCAAACUCCCCGACUACGCCCAAGCCGAAGAAUUUGCGAACGGUGUGCAUGCAGUAUGGCCAGAGCAAAAACUUGCCUAUAACCUCAGUCCGUCGUUCAACUGGCAAACCGCCAUGAGCACCUCCGACCAAGAGACUUAUAUCAAGAGACUUGCAAAGCUUGGUUACUGUUGGCAGUUCAUCACGCUCGCUGGUUUACAUCAAACUGCCUUGAUCUCCGACUCGUUCAGUAAAGAUUAUGCGGCUAGGGGAAUGCGUGCAUAUGGAGAAACCAUCCAGAGCAAGGAAGCUGCGAACGGCGUAGAAGUCCUCAAGCACCAGAAAUGGUCUGGCGCCAACUAUGUAGAUGAGCUGCUCAAGAUGGUUAGUGGCGGUGUGUCCAGUACUGCCGCCAUGGGUAAAGGUGUCACGGAAGAUCAGUUCAAAGCUAUUGAUCGUCCUGGCGAGAGUGGGUAUAAGGCUGAGGAGAAGCAUUGA